UGAACGAAGUGGCAGGAAGAGAUUUUUCGAAAUGCUUGGUGGUAGACAUUAUAAUGGAAUAUUAGGUGUAAGUAGGGCUGCAAGAUUUAGAACGGGCGUAAUGGACCAAGGUAUAGGAAUGGGUCCAGGAACGUGUGGAGCAAAUUGUGGAGGACUGGGUUACAAUAAUGGAGGACCGGGUUACAAUAAUGGAGGAAUGGGUGGGGGUUACAAUAAUGGAGGACCGGGUUACAAUAAUGGAAGAAUGGGUGGGGGUUACAAUAAUGGAGGAAUGGGUGGGGGUUACAAUAAUGGAGGACCGGGUUACAAUAAUGGAGGACCGGGUUACAAUAAUGGAGGAAUGGGUGUGGGUUACAAUAAUGGAGGACCGGGUUACAAUAAUGGAGGAAUGGGUGGGGGUUACAAUAAUGGAGGGCAGGGGUACAAUAAUGGAGGAGGAAAGUCAAAGCAUUCUGAGCUAAUGCCUACAGAAACACGAAAAAAACAUCUUCGAAAUGGCAAGAAGAGAUUAUUUGGUUUAGUGCAAGUUGGUGGUGGUAAAAAUGGAGGAUUUGGUAUAGGUGGGGGUUUCGGAUUUGGUUUGGGUCCAUUGGGUGCAAAAUCCGGCCCCAUUCCUGGACAAAUGGGUUCCACGGCUGAAGGAAUGACUGUCAUGACUGAAGAAAUAACUUCCGUGUCUGGUGGAAUGACUCCUAUAAAUGGAGGAAUGAAUCCCAUGGCUGAUGGAAUGAAUCCUAUGAAUGGAGGAAUGAAUACCAUGGAUGUCGGAAUGAAUCCUAUGGAUGGGGGAAUGAACCCAAUGGUUGGAGGAAUGAAUUCCAUGGAUGGGGGAAUGAAUCCAAUGGCUGGAGGAAUGAAUUCCAUGGUGGAUGUGGGAAUGAACCCAAUGGCUGGAGCUCCGAAUUCCAUGGGCGGCGGAGGAAUGAAUACCGUGACUGGAGAACAGCACGACGAACAAUACAUCAAUGAGCAACAACAAACACUAACGACGUCAUAAAUUUCUGCCAACUUAAAUACUUGAAAACGAGAUUAUAAAAUAUUAUUUUUAAAUGGCGGGAAACUUUCAUAAAAUUUUAUGUUACAAUUUUUACAAAGGUAACAUUGAGAUUUAAAAGUAAACAUCGGUUAAAUUAGAAAGUUAAAGGGUAGUGAAACAUACGUACAUUAAAAAAUAAAUGA